AUGGCUGCAUCUCUCCUUUCCGCACAAACUGGUCUUGCUAGCGCCAGGCUUGUCCAGGCUUGCUCCAGAAGCGAGGCGUUCAAGAACUUGGCGUUCAAGGCCAGCUCCGUCGUCGCUCCAGGCCGAUUCUUCGGUUCCUUCUCGCAGUCGCGCGUCACCAUGGCGGCCGAGCCCUCUCGCUUCCAGGAGGUCGCCAUGGCGCCUCCCGAUCCCAUCCUUGGCGUGUCCGAUGCCUUCAGGGCCGACACCCAUCCCGACAAGCUUAACCUUGGUGUCGGAGCCUACCGUACCGAGGAUCUCCAGCCCUAUGUGCUGCGUGUUGUGUCAAAGGCGGAGAAGCUGAUGCUGGACAACCACGAGAACAAGGAGUACCUGCCCAUCGAGGGCCUCGCCGCCUUUAACAAGGCCACCGUCGAGCUGCUCCUCGGUGCCGGCAACCAGGCCGUCAAGGACGGACGGGUGGCGACGGUGCAGGGACUGUCCGGAACGGGUUCGCUGCGUCUGGGAGCGGCGUUCAUCCAGCGCUACCUGCCCGGCGCUACCGUAUACAUCUCCGCGCCCACCUGGGGCAACCACAAGGCGAUCUUCUCGGAUGCGGGCGUGGAGUGGAAGGAGUACCGCUACUACGAUCCCAAGACCGUCGGGCUCGACUACGACGGCAUGCUCGAGGACAUCAAGAACGCCCCUGACGGGUCCGUGAUUCUGCUGCACGGGUGCGCGCACAACCCGACGGGCAUCGACCCCACCAAGGAGCAGUGGAAGGUGAUCGCCGACACCAUCAAGGCCAAGAAGCACCUCCCCUUCUUCGACGUCGCCUACCAGGGCUUCGCGAGCGGCAGCCUGGACGAGGACGCGUGGUCCGUGCGCUACUUCGUGGAGUCCGGGCUCGAGGUGCUCGUCGCGCAGUCAUACAGCAAGAACCUCGGGCUCUACGCGGAGCGCAUCGGCGCCAUCAACGCCAUCGUCCCCAACUCCGACGUCGCGACGCGCGUGAAGUCCCAGCUGAAGCGCCUCGCGCGGCCCAUGUACUCGAACCCGCCCGUGCACGGCGCGCGCAUCGUGGCGAACGUGGUGGGCGACGGGAAGCUGUUCGACGAGUGGAGAGAGGAGAUGCAGGGCAUGGCGGGGCGCAUCAAGGAGGUGCGACAGAAGCUGUACGACCAGCUGGCGGCGAAGGAUAAGUCUGGCAAGGACUGGUCGUUCGUGCUGAAGCAGAUCGGCAUGUUCUCCUUCACUGGCCUCAACAAGACCCAGUCGGAGCACAUGACAAGCAAGUGGCACGUGUACAUGACCAAGGAUGGCCGUAUCUCCCUGGCUGGUCUGCCUGCUGCCAAGUGCGAGUACCUCGCUGACGCUAUCAUUGACUCUUUCUACAACGUCAAGUAG